AAAUUUAUUGACAUUGACAAUUGAUUGACAUGUGCGAUUAUUGAACUUGCUUGCGGAUAAUAAACAAAAAUUGAAAUGGCUAGUAUUACUAUCGAGAAAACUAAAUACGAAUGUGCACAAGUGCCGAAACGAUGGCAAAGAGACGACGUUCUACGUAAAACGGGUUUAACUGUGGGUAAAGUGGAUUUAUAUUACAGCAGAGGCGUUCGGAACGAUGGGUCUCUUGUGCCCCCUAUAAGGCAAACAGCCAGUAUUUUCAAGCAGCCGGUGACCGUUUACAAACUGCAGGAAAGCAAAGUGAAAAACGACUAUAAAAACGGCAACCAGGAGAAACCGAAGCAAUUAAUAUGGGAGAAAAGACUGGAAGGAUUGAGGGCUUGUGAUAUCGAUGGGUUCGAGUUUGAAGCUAUGGAGCUUCCUAAAGGUUUAAAACCGGUAGGGCCUAAUGUAACUGAAGAUACAAUUAUACAAAGUGUUGCGACUGCAUUGCAUGUUUCCUCUCAACCCGUUACGGGCCAAACGAGUACAAAAUCUCUUCUAGAAAAAAAUCCUGGGGUAUUUUUGGAUCCAAAACAACCGCUGGUACAUGCUGUUAAUAUUUCAGAAGACGACAUCAAGAGACAAGAGGAUCGAGUGGCAUUAGCCAGAAAAAAAUUACAAGAAGCACUGAAAUUGUAGGUCACCUAGUGUACUCUUUUUUACUUAAUAAUAAGCUACAUAAAUAAGGCGAAACGUAGGUAAAUGUAAAAGGUUUAUUUUAACAGAAUAGAUGACAAAAUUAACAAACCCGACUGGAACAUAUAAAAAGUUUAUAAAUUGAAAUUAACAAUACAUUUAUACAUAUGUUUAUGUUCACAAUAAAUCCUUUUUCACUUGUAAGAAACACACCCCGUUGGCCUGUUUUUGUCCACCGAACAACACCAUCAGCAAACUCGGACUUGUACUGUGCUCGUAUAUCUCCCUAAUCCAUUUAUCUAAAUUCUUAAAUAUCUUACAAUUAGAACAAUCUAACUGAUUAUCGGCCACCCGCAAAUGCGCGAUGUUCAACGAAUAAUUCUUCAACGAAUCACAGUAAGCUCGAAUCGCCUCUUUGUUCGAUUUCUUCGAACAACAAUUUAUGCUCGCCAUGUCCUUAUCGUCGCCUUUAUCCACGUAAAAUUUGUACUUCAAGCUCGUUUCAUCGACACCUAAAAUUAAAUCCAAUUAUAAUCGAUUAACACAUCGAUAAUAAGUCUAAGAGUACCUGUUACGUUCGCUUUCUUAUCCAUCUUAACGCAUUGCCUUAACAUACUAGUGGCGAAUUGCGAAGUACCCAUUUCGGGGUAUGUCCUCAAGUCGUUCUUGACGCCCCCCAUUACGGCGUCCCCGUAAUAGAGGUGCUUCCUUAAUCUAAGCUGAACCAAUUUCAUGCAGGCCAGACUGUCCUCGCUCGAGCAAUGCCCGUGAUGGCUGAUCUGGAUUUUCUCCUUCAAAAAUUCCCGCGCCAACGUUUGCAAUUUCGAUUUCCUGGCUCUGUCUCCAGUUAUAUUGUAUAUUACA